AUGCCGUCCGCCAUGGACCAGCUCAUCAGGAAGCCAUUCCGCCGGGUGUUCGGCUGCUUCUCCGCCGCCGGAGGAUCGUCGUCGUCCCGUGGCGGCGAUGCUGCUGCGCCUGAGCCCGUCCUGGCUGGCUCACUGCAUACCCGUGUCGGCGGCGGCGAAGAUGCCAUCGGUGGCCUGCCUGAGCAGAUCCUCUCCACCAUCGUCUCGCGUCUCCCGGCCACCGAUCCGGCUCGCACCGCGGUGCUGUCGUCGCAGUGGCUUCGGGCCAGGUCGUCCGCGCCGCUCGUGUUCCAGGACUCCGACCUCAUCCUGGCCGCGAAUUUCACCGGCGUGGCCCCGGUCGCCGCCGCCGUCACGCGAAUCAUCGAGUCUCACCCGGGGCCCUUCCACACCGUCACCCUGACCAGCUACUUCCCGGAGUCCGAGAGGGCCACCUUCGUCGGCUGGAUCCGCACCGUCGCCGCCAAGGGCGUCCGCGACCUCACCCUGCACAACAUCCCGUGGUCGGGCCUCUACGUGCUCCCCACCGACCUCCUCCAGUGCUGCGGCGGCUCCCUGGAGCGCCUCCACGCCUCCGUCUGGCGGUUCCCGUCCACGGCCGGCGUCCUCCACCGCGGCGUCGACGGCGGCACGCCACCGCCGUCGUUCCCUCGCCUGCGGGAGCUCGUCCUCAACCGGUGCUCCAUCGAGGAGGGCGACCUGGAGAACAUGCUGGCGUGCAGCCCGGCGCUGCAGACGCUCGUGCUCGUCUACAGCUGGGGCGCGCCGGAGCGCGUCCGCCUCGUCGGCGGCAGCCUCCGGUGCGUCGUGCUGUGCCAGUGCGUGGCGCGCGAGCUCGCCGUCGUCGCCGCGCCGCUGCUGGAGCGGAUCGUCCUGUGGUGCUCGUCAGGCCCCUACUGCGGCUAUCUCAUGAGGAUCAGGAUCAGCCGGGCCUCGUCUAUCAAGGUGAUUGGCUACCUGAAACCAUCCUCUCAUCGUCUGCAGAUUGAUGGCACUUCAAUGAAGCCUGGGUUAAGGACUAGCCCUGAUGAACUAGCUGUUCCAAGUGUCAAGAUAUUGGGCUUGCAAGUUCGAUUUGGAGUGGCUGAUGAAGCAAAGAUGGUGUCAUACUUGCUCAGAUGUUUUCCUAACGUUGAAACGCUGCAUCUCAUGCCUGUCAAAGAUCCUCAAUCUCCAACCCACCUUGGUGAUUUUGAGUUCUGGGAAGAGAUUAGCUCGGUUGAAUGCGUCAGAUUCAGCAUCAAGAAGGUGGUGUUUCAUGGGUUCUCCUGGGAGAAUUCUGAGAUAGCGUUCAUCGAUUCCGUCAUCGAAGGAGGAACGAUGCUCGAGAAGGUCUGCAUCUUCUUCGAGCAUCGAUGCGGAACUAUUUCGGAUGAUGAACUGAAUGCUAAAAUGACAAUGGUGGCGUCUCUGAGCAUCGGCCUCGGCCGUGCAGAGGUCAUUUUCUCCGGUGAAGACCACCCCUGGCACUACAAGAAGGCAGCUGAUCUUUCUCGUGAUGAUCCUUUUGAUUGCUGCUACAGUUGA